UGAAGAUGCAUAGAGUGAAACACACAACAAAGUGAGGUUGAAAAUUUGAGUGUUUUUCAGAAUUUUCUCUUGUUAUUUUUCGUCUUCAAUCUUCAAUCCCCCUCUGUAAUUCCCCUCUUCUCUGAAUCCCUUUCUGUUAUCAACUGUUUUCAAGCUCCAAGAUUUGAUUUUUGAAAGCAAAACAAAAAACAAACCCAGAAGGGUGUUUUUGAAAGCAGGUGAUCCAGAAUAGAGAUCCAGGUUUUUGUUUUUUCAUAAACUGUUUGUGAAAAUUUUUAGUUUUUGUUUUUCAUCAACUAAAAGGGUUAGUUUUUGGUCCCCUAAAGUUGGUUUUUUUUUUUUUUUUUUUUUUUAAUUUGGUUUUUGUUUGUUUUUGUCUAUAUAAUACUGUUAUUACCUGUUCUUUAGUUUUGGUAAGACACAGGUUUAGUCAUGGCAGCAGCUAUAGAUUUUUAUAACAACACAACAUCAACACAGAUCUUCUCAGAUCCAUUGAGGGAAGAGUUGAUGAAAGCACUUGAACCUUUUAUGAAAAGUGCUUCUUCUUCUUCACCAAACCCAUCUUCUUCUUCUCCAUCUGCUUUGUCUUAUGCUUCUUCUGAUACAGCUUGCAGCUUUUUGUCACCUGACUAUUGCUCCCCAUAUUACUCAACUAACAUGACCCACAUGUUCUCUCAAGGUUACAUGGGUUUUGAGCAACAAGUUGGUUCAAUUGGCCUCAACCACCUUACCCCUUCUCAAAUCCUGCAAAUCCAAUCCCAAAUCCACCUCCAACAACAACAACAACAAAAAAUCCGUCAAUCCUCUUUGGCCACAUCGCCACUUUUCAGCCAAAAACACACCUCCUAUCUCACUCCAAAAGCUGUCCCUAUGAAACAUGUUGCCACUACCAAUACCACCAGUUCUUCAUCACCAAAACCCACCAAGCUCUACCGGGGCGUGAGGCAAAGGCACUGGGGCAAAUGGGUGGCUGAGAUCAGACUCCCCAAGAACCGCACCCGCCUCUGGCUCGGCACAUUCGACACCGCUGAAGAAGCGGCUUUGGCUUAUGACAAAGCCGCCUUCAAGCUCCGAGGAGAAUUCGCCAGGCUCAAUUUCCCCCACCUCAAACACCAGGGAGCUCAUGUUUCCGGAGAGUUUGGCAACUACAAGCCUCUCCCAUCUUCAGUUGAUGCAAAACUCCAAGCUAUUUGCCAAAAUUUGGUGACAAAUUCAUCACAUAAACAACAACCUGCAAAAUCCUGUGAAAGCGAAAUCGAAACAAAGCCAGUUGUUGUGGUUCCUCAAGCUCCAUCUUCAUCAUCUCCGGAGUUUUCUUCCGACACUGCAGGUUCUUCAUCUCCCGAGUCUGAGAUUUCGUUCCUCGACUACAAUAACUCCAACUGGGAACAUGAAAUGGACAACUUUGGGUUGGAAAAAUGCCCUUCAGUGGAGAUUGAUUGGGAAGCCAUUAGAAAGCUAUCAGAGUAGUCUUAAAUUAAACUAUGUAUCAGAAUUUGUAUGUUUUUUAGGUUUUCUUUUUUCUUUUUUCUUUUUAGAGUCAAUAGUGGCUUCUGCAAUGAAAUUUUUACCGAUUGCAGAGCACGCUACUAUGUUAAUAUAUGUAAAAGCUUAUUGAAGCUCACUCUCCAUCUUGGUCUCAGCUGGUGUUUUUGCUUCCAUGCUUGACCAUGGAGAGCUUUAAUUAGGUUGUGUAUCAGCAAUAAUUUCUCAUGUAAACGUUGUCAGCUUUGGAUAUAUUAAUGAAUUAUUGUACUUUGUUUUGUAUA